GUUAACUUGUCUGAAAAAACUUAGAUCACGAUAAGAGAUAAUUGGAUAUCUCAUCUGCCAAUGACAUUUCGCUCUCUACAGCUCCAUAAUCACAGAAACACAGAGCUUAGAGUUUCAGAAGUUCGCAGUUGACUCUCCAUAAAGAUGGGAAUUUACUCAGAAGCCCACAUUUGCCACUGCCUGAGCCUCUUAUCCACUCUCAGGCGAAACUCCGUGGUUACUAUAGCCGGAAACCGGCGAAAGACCGGCAAGGAGUUUGUGGACGGCGUCACGGGCCUGGCGCAGGGCCUGCUGCAACUGGGACUACAGUCCGGUGACGUCGUCUCCAUUGCUGCCUUCAAUAGUGAGUUGUACUUGGAGUGGUUACUAGCAAUUGCAUAUGUUGGGUGUAUAGCUGCUCCACUUAAUUACAGAUGGAGUUGUGAAGAGGCAGUUAUGGCAAUGAAGGUGGUGAGGCCAGUAAUGUUGGUUUUUGAUGAUAGCUGUGCAUCAUGGUAUUCUAAGCUUCAAUGGAUUGACAUUCCUUCUUUAAGGUGGCAUGUUUUGCUGGAUUCUCCUGCAGAGUUUGUAUCGACCUCAUAUGAUAAUGUGUUAACAAUUGAAACAAUUAGAAAGCAAUCUGGGAGGGAUGCAUCAUUGGAUUACUGUUGGGCACCUGAGGGUGCUGUGAUCAUUUGCUUCACUUCUGGAACCUCAGGAAGGCCAAAGGGAGUUGCCAUAAGCCACUCAGCCUUUAUAGUUCAAUCCCUUGCGAAAAUUGCAGUUGUUGGCUACGGUGAGGAAGAUGUGUAUUUGCAUACUGCUCCACUCUGCCACAUUGGUGGCUUGUCAUCAGCACUAGCGAUGCUCAUGGUUGGAGCAUGCCAUGUUUUUAUACCCAAGUUCGAUGCUAAAUCUGCCCUCGAGGCCAUCGAACAACACAAUGUGACUUCUCUAAUCACUGUGCCUGCCAUGAUGGCCGAUUUAGUUUCCAAAUUCAGAGGAAAGGAUACAUCUACAUGCAUAGAGAAUGUCAAGAAGAUACUAAAUGGAGGUGGAGGUUUGUCAAUUGAGCUCACCAAGGCUGCCACCAAAUUGUUCCCAAAAGCUAAGCUUCUCUCAGCUUAUGGGAUGACAGAAACGUGCUCUUCACUGACCUUCAUGACCCUGUAUGACCCGAAAAUGAAUCACAGAAUAUCACACCCAGUUGAUCAAACAAGGGGCAUUUGUGUUGGCAAGCCUGCUCCCCAUGUAGAGUUGAAGAUCUGCGCCGAUGGGACUUCUUAUGUGGGGAGGAUUUUAACUAGAGGAUCACAUGUGAUGCUUAGAUACUGGAAUGGAAGUGCAGCAAAUGCAGCUGCAGCUGCAGAUGGAGUUUGGCUCGACACAGGCGACAUCGGAUCAAUUGAUGACUAUGGUAAUGUCUGGCUUAUAGGACGAGCAAAUGGUCGAAUCAAGAGCGGAGGGGAGAACAUUUACCCUGAAGAGGUAGAGAGAACCCUAUUACUGCAUCCAGGAGUUACCGGCGUUGUUGCUGUGGGAAUUCCAGACGCUCGUCUAACGGAAAUGGUCGUCGCUUGUGUUCAAAUAAGAGAAAACUGGCAAUGGAUGGAUACAAGUACCAAAGACUCAGUUGCAGAGCAUAUGCUUCGGAUUUCAAGUGAGAUUCUUUCAAGAUACUGUAAAGAAAAGAAUUUGACAGGGUUUAAAAUACCAAGAAAGUUCAUCCUAUGGAAGAAGCCAUUUCCGGUCACAACAACAGGAAAAAUAAGAAGAGACCGAGUCCGGGGAGAAGCUAUGUCGCAUCUGCAAUAUUUAAUUAGUCACUUAUGAUCCUAUU